AGAGAGAAUCCGGUAGAUUCAAAUUCAAUUUAGGCGAAGAGUGUUUGAUUUGUUGAUACGGCGUUUAUAUGUAAUAUGUCCAGUGAUAUAUAAACCACGGAGGAUGCGAGGGGUGGCCUACUUCCCUAGAAGUGCGGUCGCACCCAUCGCAUCCCCCCAUCUGACGGCCCUGAAUGCUCCGUGUGAGAAUUGAACCCAGGACCCUUGGAUCCAAACACGGAUAAUGGGAAGUUCUCCCAUAUUGAUAGAUCUAUUGCAAAGUCCAUGAUAUACUGAAUACUCCAGAAAGAUGGCCACAAGAUGGGGUAUCUGCACAACUGGGAAAAUAAGUAGUGAUUUUGGGAGGGCUGUUCAAUUGUUGCCCAGAGCUGAUCAUGAAAUUGUUGGUGUAGCAGCACGGAAGAUUGAAGAUGCAGAAAAGUUUAUUGAAACUUUAAGCUUGAAGAGUGCAAAAGCAUAUGGCUCAUACAAGGCAAUGGCUGAGGACAGUAAUGUUGAGGUUGUCUAUAUUGGGUCCAUACACACCUACCAUUGUGAGCUGACCAAGCUGUUUCUGAACCAUGGAAAACAUGUCCUGUGUGAAAAGCCAUCUGCCAUUAACUCCAAACAGCUUGAUGAGAUGCUUACUCUGGCAAAAGAGAAGAAACUGUUUUUCAUGGAGGGUUUAUGGAGCAGAUUUUUCCCUGCAUAUGUUGAGAUGAGGAAACAGAUAAGGGCUGGGGCUAUAGGAGAUGUGAGAUACACAAGUACACAGUUUGGAUUUCCGCUGGAUGGUGUUCCUCGGAUGGCAAAGAAAUCAAUGGGUGGUGGCUCAUUGUUAGACCUUGGAAUCUAUCCACUUCACUGCACCAGUUUUGUGUUUGAGGGUGAAAAGCCCGAGAGGAUAGUUGCCUCUGCAGUCAUGACUGAUGAUGAUGUGGACCAGACUACACUUACUACAAUACACUACAGCGGGGGCAGAACUGCCCAGACAGCCUGUAAUAUGAAUGUAACCCUGCCUAACAGAGCCAUUAUCUGUGGAACCAAAGGUAUCAUUGAGCUGAAAGAACUGUUCUGGUGCCCAACUCAAGUGACAAUCAAUGGAGAGACUAAACAUUUUGAGCUAGAGUCGGAGGGCUUCAACUUCCACAACAGUGCAGGUUUGAAGUAUGAAGCACAAGCUGUUAGGGAGAGCCUACUUAAAGGUGAACUAGAGAAUAGUGUUGCCUCACAUGCUGAAUCUAGGCUUCUUAUGUCAUCAUUGGAUCAGAUCAGAAAGCAAACAGGCGUGGUCUACGCAGUAGAUUUGGAAUAGAUUGACAGGCACAGCCUACUAUGCUUAUUUGGAGUUGAUUGACAGCCACAAUUGAUAGGCUUAAUAAAAGGCCUUGAACAGUUCAAAUGCAAUGUGCAAUGUACAAUCUUACAAUUAUUGAGUCUAGAGCAUAUUCUCCAUGAUUCAUCAGUGAAAUUCCGAUAAAGUAACACUUUACAAACUAGAUGGCCGGUCUCCCUUUCUUUUCUACCAAGUUUUAUACAUAUAUUAGAAUAUAUCCAUGAAUAUUUCAGCCAAUCAGAACAUAGUAUACAAUACAAGUUGUUGUUUUUUUAUUACAUAAAAUCUUUUGUUAUGUGUGAAAAGAAUUUAAACACAAU